AUGUCACCCUCUCCUACGAGACCAUCGACCUCCCACACCUCAGAUCAGAGUGUAGUUGGCUGCAAAUACAUUGAAUUCGAAGAAGCUUCACGUCGCAAAGACACUUGCAAUGUUAUCAUUUUUGGACAAACGGGCGCUGGCAAAAGUUCCUUGGUCAACCUGAUUACCAAGACGCAGAAGGUGCCAACAUCCCCCGACGCCGAGGGAUGUACAAGGCAAACCACCGUGUACGAGCAUGAUGUUGUGACUCAGAACAAGACCAUAAAGGUACAACUGUUCGACACGGCCGGUCUUGACGAGGGCUCUCAGGGGACUGUCCCUAAUCCACAAGCUGAGAAUGCUUUGAAGAAACUCUUUCAAACUCUUCCGAAGAUACAUAUCCUCAUGUACUGUGUGCAGGGCACAAAGGACGCCUCGGCGCUCCGGCGCAACUACAAGUUAUUGUCCGAAGUCAAGGGAAAUGUCCCCGUCGUCCUUAUUGUUACGGGACUGGAACAACGAGAACCGGGAAUGGAAGAGUGGUGGAGGAAUAACGAGAGAUCCAUCUCAGACCUCCGGAUGAAUUUUGCUGGUCACGCGUGUAUUACCGCGUUGACCAUUAAUGAAGGUGAUACAAAUAAGAUUAAGCAGCGCCGCGAACAGUCAUACCGUGCUGUCUGCGACCUGAUCGAACAGUGUUGCCCAAUAAAGAAUAUCGUACUUUUUGGAGCGAGCGGAGUGGGCAAAAGCUCAGUCGUGAACCUCAUGGCUGGAAAGGAAGUAGCGAAGACAUCUCUUGGCAUGAAAAGCUGCACACUCCAUUGGCAAGACUACGCCAUCGACUUCGAUGGGGAGUCUUAUAAGGUGUUCGAUACCGUUGGACUCGAGGAACCGCAGCUUGGAAUCAAAGACUACCUCAUUUCUGUCGAAAACGCCUACCGCCUGGUCAAGGAAUUGGACAGGCAAGGCGGCAUUGAUCUACUUCUGUUCUGCAUUCGCGCCGGCAGAGUGACCGCUACUCUUCAGAGCAACUACCGACUCUUUCACGAAUUCCUCUGCGAGAAGAAGGUUCCCGUUGUCCUUGCGAUCACAAACCUCGAAAGAGAGCAGAGGAUGGAGGACUGGUGGGACCAGGAACAUAAUAACUUUAACAGAUAUCAGAUCCAAGUCGCUGGUCACGCGUGCAUCACUGCCGCUAAUGGACUGCAGGCUGGCACACAGAUGGCAGACCACUAUGAAGAAUCGCGUGUCAUAAUCCGUGAGCUCGUCAAACGCUUUGCUGCUGAUGGGCAGAAGCAAGCAUGGAUAGGAGGGCAUAACCUGUUCGUCUCGUUAAUGCGCAGGCUAAAGGAGCUACUUACAGGGGGUUCGCAUCUGACGCGUAAGGAUCUUGUUCCUCAUCUCACGAAGCGUUGCGGGAUAUCUCCAGAUGUCGCAAAAGAGUUGGCUAAUAUGAUCAAGCACUGA